GGGGGGGGGGGGCGGCUUCUGGACUGGCAGCGAGUUCAGAAUUCGCUCUCAGCUGCCUUUUUGGGAAAAGAAGUAGAAGAGCAGGACUACGGAUCCGCCCGCCGGGAUCGCUCCCCUGGCAAUGCAGAAAUGUCCAGGGCCCUGCUGUUACCCUAAACUGGGGUCGCCUCUUGGUGGGUGUUCAGUGAAAAGACACAACCGAGCCAAAGAAUAGGAAAAGUAGGGGGUAUAGCUCAGGGGUAGAGCAUUUGACUGCAAAGAAUAGGAAAAGGAAGGAUUUUAUUUGCGAGUAAAGGAGAACACCAGGGAUAUUUCCCAAAGUAGUGUCUCCCCGAACAAGAAAAGUGAGGAGGUUUUAAGCUAAUGAUACAUGCAUAUUCAUGAAGGGGCUCUGCAAAGGCAAAUUCAUUAUGAAUUGGGGCAAAGGUCAUCCCGAGUCGACGGAGUCCAGGUCCUAGUUGAUUGAAGUCUUGAGGGUCAGCAAGGGUGGGCAUCGUCAGUUCUCUGGCUCCAAUUAGCCCGGAAUUUGAGUGCUCAAAGGGUUUCAAUCCAGCAAAGAACAGCCCAACCAUGUGCAUGAGGAACUUCAGGAUGGUUUAUGCUAAGAGCUGGACCCUGAAGAAGCACUUCGAAGGCAGCCCCACUCAUGGUAACUUUGAGUUGAAAACAGUUGAACUCCCACCCUUAAACAAUGGAGAGGUCCUGCUGGAAGCUUUGUUCCUCACUGUGGAUCCUUACAUGAGAGUGGCAGCCAAAAGAUUGAAGGAGGGUGAUACGAUGAUGGGGCAGCAAGUGGCCAGAGUUGUGGAAAGUAAAAACUCAGCCUUCCCAACAGGAACUAUGGUAGUGGCUUCUUCAGGCUGGACAACUCACUCCAUUUCUGAUGGGAAAGAUCUGGAAAAACUGCCUGCAGAGUGGCCAGACACAUUACCAGUGUCUUUGGCUCUGGGAACAGUUGGCAUGACAGGGCUAACAGCCUACUUUGGCCUACUUGACAUCUGUGGUGUGAAGGGUGGAGAAACAGUGAUGGUUAAUGCAGCAGCAGGAGCAGUGGGCUCUGCUGUGGGCCAGAUAGCUAAGCUCAAGGGCUGCAAAGUUGUUGGGGCAGCAGGGUCUGAUGAAAAAGUUGCCUACCUUAAAAAGCUUGGAUAUGAUGUUGCCUUUAACUACAAAACAGUAGAAUCUUUGGAAGAAACUUUGAAAAAAGCCUCUCCUGAUGGUUACGAUUGUUAUUUUGAUAACGUAGGUGGAGAGUUUUCAAACAUUGUUAUCCCCCAGAUGAAGAAGUUUGGAAGGAUUGCUAUUUGUGGGGCCAUCUCUGUGUAUAAUACUACUCGCCCACUUCCCCCAGGCCCACCCCCAGAGAAUAUCAUCUAUCAGCAACUCCGCAUGGAAGGGUUCAUUGUCACCCGCUGGCAAGGAGAUGUCCGUCAGAAGGCUCUGAAAGACUUGCUGACAUGGGUCUUAGAGGGUAAAAUCCAGUACCGUGAAUACAUCACUGAAGGGUUUGAAAACAUGCCAGCUGCGUUUAUGGGAAUGCUGAAAGGUGAAAAUUUGGGGAAAACAAUAGUGAAAACAUGAAAAAAAAAAGACACAUGGAAUCUAGAAUUCAUUUGGAUGAUUACCACGUCUUUGUAACCAUUUAGUAAAAAUAUAUACUGCCUUCAUUAUCUAAAAAUUGUAAUGAGUUUGAUCUAUCUAAUAAAACACAUUUAAGUGGUA